AUGACUGCCACCCGCUCCUGGCGUGAGCGCGGCUGCUUCUGUGACCCCGAGUGCGCGCGCUACGGCGACUGCUGCCGCGACGCGCCGGCAGCGGCCGCGGUGCCCGGGGCCUUCUCGUGCCGCCCGGCGGUGCCGCUGACGCCGCUGCCCGCCGCCGCAGCACCGCCGGGCCACUGGUACAUGCGCGACGCCUGUCCGCGCGGCGCCGCGGCGCACCGGCUCUGUGAGCGGCCGACCUCUGCGCGUGUGGACCCGCUGGCCGCCCUGCCGGUGACCAGCCGCGACUCGGGCGUCACCUACCGCAACGUGUACUGCGCCAUCUGUCACGGCGACACGGCGCGGCUGGAGUUUUGGCGCGUGCGUGCCACCUGCCCAGCCGUGUCCGAGUCGCUGGACGCGGCGGCCGUGCUGGAGUACGGUGUGUGCCCUGCCCGGCCAGAAGCUGACAGGCUCAACCUGAUGGCAAAACAGCUGCCCCAGGUGGCGCCGGGCAGACCGCUGGGCGCGAGGCAGCUGCAGGAGGACGCGACCUCAGUGACGAAGAACUAG